UUUCUGCGAAUAGGGGAUGUUCACCUUCGUGUAGUAGGCGGGUGCUAAAAGUCUAUAAAGGGAGCUCAAUGCGGAUUUUUCCGCUUACGUUUUGCUUUACGGAAUCGACGUUGAGUGUUCAGGGAGGACCGCGUGAUGGAUUUUUCUCGGAAACGUAAGCGUAGUCGCUGGAAUGAUGAAACUCCGGACCAGAAGACCAUUAUUCCGGGGAUGCCGACAGUAAUACCGCCAGGUCUCAGCCGUGAGCAAGAGAGAGCAUAUAUAGUUCAACUGCAAAUUGAGGAUCUGACUCGCAAGCUUCGCACGGGAGACCUGGGAAUACCCCCUAACCCAGAAGACAGAUCUCCUUCUCCCGAGCCCAUCUAUAACAGUGAGGGAAAACGUCUGAACACCCGGGAGUUCAGGACUCGAAAAAAGUUAGAAGAGGAACGUCAUAACUUAAUAACCGAAAUGGUUGGAUUGAAUCCGGAUUUCAAGCCUCCAGCAGAUUACAAGCCACCCGCCACACGUGUCAGUGACAAGGUCAUGAUCCCUCAGGAUGAAUACCCAGAGAUAAACUUUGUGGGAUUACUUAUAGGACCCAGGGGCAACACGCUAAAAAACAUAGAGAAGGAAUGUAAUGCAAAGAUCAUGAUUAGAGGAAAGGGUUCUGUAAAAGAGGGGAAGGUGGGUCGCAAGGAUGGUCAGAUGCUACCUGGUGAAGAUGAACCAUUGCAUGCUUUAGUCACAGCAAACACCAUGGAAAAUGUCAAGAAAGCAGUGGAUCAGAUCCGUAAUAUAUUGAAACAGGGAAUAGAGACUCCAGAGGAUCAGAAUGACCUGCGUAAAAUGCAGCUGCGAGAGCUGGCAAGACUCAAUGGAACUUUACGUGAAGAUGACAAUAGGAUCUUGCGACCUUGGCAGAGCUCAGAGACGCGCAGUAUUACUAAUACAACUUUGUGUACAAAAUGUGGAGGUGCCGGACACAUUGCUUCUGACUGCAAGUUUAACAGUGUUCCUGUUCGACCUGGAGAACCCCAAUCUGCACAGGACAAAGCAAGGAUGGAUAAAGAAUACCUCUCUCUCAUGGCUGAGCUGGGAGAAGCCCCUGUACCUACAUCUAUGGGACAAGCUAGUGCCCCAUCUCAUAGCCCCAUUCAGGGAGGACCUCGUCCCACUUCAAUGGGAGCAAACCAACCCCCAAUGAACAGACCCCCAUGGAUGGCUUCAGAACGUCCUUAUCCUUCUAUUCAUGGAGCUCCCCACUCAUUUCCUCAUCCAAUGGGUGGAGCUGGUAACGGACCACCUCUCCAGCACAAUCCUGCAGGUCAUCAUCACCACUGGAUGCAGCCACACCCUGGGGCCCAUCCACCUAGCCACCAUCCCAUGGGUCUUUUGCACUCUCACCCCAUGGGAAUGAUGCCCCCGCCGCCGCCUCCCCCAAGUGGUCCAGCACCACCUCCACCACCACCCUCUGCACCAUCCUUGCCACCCUGGCAGCAGCAGCAAGCAGGUGCUCCACCUCAGCCUGCUGCUCCCCUUCCUUGGCAACAGAACUCGGCUACCACACCAUCUAGCUCUGCAUCUCUUCCACCCUGGCAGCAGCAGCAAGGAGGGGGCACUACUUCAUCUAGCACCACCAUCCAGACAACAGCCUCUUUGGUGCCACCACCACCAGGAGUCCAGCCACCACUGCCCCCUGGUGCUCCUCCACCACCUCCCCCUCCUCCACCUGGAACAUCUGGUCUACUUUAUGCUCCCCCUCCCCCACCACCUCCUCCUCUAGACCCUUCAAACUUUGUAACUAUGAUGGGUAUGGGUGUCCCUGGAAUCCCCCCGUUCUCAAUGCCCCCCGCUCCUCCUCCACCACCCCCCCAAAAUUAGAGGUUAUAACUCCAAAGAUCUUAUCUUAGUAUGUUAAUAUGUAAAGAUUUCCCUAUGGUUUACACCGUUGACCAGACUCAACUGAGGCUCCAUCUCAUUUUGCUUAUGUCAGUUUAUGAAUGCCUUCAUGGGUACAAGUUGAGUAAAAACAUGCGUGUCCUUCUGCAAAAUUUGGUUAACCUCCCCAUGCAAUAGGCUAAAAUUUAAAAAAGUUAAUGGGGUGUUUUAAGGACUUAACAAAGGGUAAUAAAAUCUUUUAUUCCUCAGUUAUAUUUUCCCACCCCAUCCUUUAGUGGGGUUAAUUUAAAUUGAAAUAGACUAUUGGAUGAAUUACCAUUGGACAUCAGACAUUCACACUAUAUACCUUUCCGUCUUUCAACCCAUGCUUUAAGUGAAGGGGGAGUUAAUUUUUUUAACCCUACCUACCCCCAGCAUUUAAGUCCCCUAGGUAUGUUUGGAUGGGGGAGGAGUUAGUUUGAGGUCUAUCCAAGCACCUUUUGUGUGCCUGGCAGGGCAUCUUAUGGGACAUCCAGCAGUCGGUAUGGCCUUUGAACCUUACUUUUGACCAGAGGCCUCAAAAUAAAAAUUGCGAAACAGCCUUUUUUUUUU